AUUCGUAAUCACCGUGAAAUUUUGCAUCGAAUGAUAUAGUUUUAAGUGAAAAAUAAGAACUUGCAAUUCUUUUGAAUUAGCGGCGCCUUACGAACAAUUAUAAGAUGACGUAGACUACGAUAUUCAUAUCGCCAAUUCUAACUUAUAUUUGUAUAGACGUGGUCAUAAACGAGCUCGUUAUCAUCGAGAAAAUCCAUUUAUAUUCUUCACCGAUGACGAUGUAAAAGCAUUUUGGCCACCUAUCAAAGAUUUUUUCAAUAUCGACGAAACAUUUCCAGUUAAUCAGUUGAUGACGCGUAUACAAGCUGAUAGUGGUCGAAAUAUUUAUUUUGUCUCAGAAAAUUUAAAAAAUAUUGUAUCACUCAAUGACGAUCAUAUUAAAUUUAUUAAUAUGGGUAUUCGUUUGUUAGUACGUACGGAUCUUCGAAGUGAAAAAGAAGGUGGAAAACGAACACUACGCAUUAGUCAAGAAGGUAUAACAAUCGUUCAAAAAUAUUUUCAUAAACGACAUAUUAGUUUAAAUGAACAAGAUGUAUUAACUCUGUUAGCGCAUGCAAUGCCCUAUUUCACAGAAUUAUCACAGAAUGUUCAAAAACAAAUAGAAGAAGAUAAUAAAGAAUUUGGUAGUAUUAUUUGCAAUUAUGAUCCGAAUGAAUCAUUUAAUAAAAAUGCUAAUUUACAUGUGCCAUUAAAUUUUAUUUCAUGGCGUGGUCGAUCAUCAUUACGCCCAUUUCUUACACAUUCAUCUCGAAAAUUUUAUCUUGCUCUAUGUAAUGUUGAUCAUGAAAAAAUUAAUGAAAUGAUUGAAAAACUGACAAUCGAAGAAAAAAGUCUUGAAAAACAAAGUGUUCAAAUUAAUAAGGAGAAAAAUAUAUCUAAAGAAAAAACUGAACAUGAACAACAAGAAAUAGAAGAACUUGUUUAA